CUCUCCCGGUGUGUUUUACAUAUUUUCUCAAUAAAAUUAAGCCCCUUGAAAUUUUUUAUGUAAAACUAAAGUUGCUGACCCCAAACUUCUGGUACCUAUAAAUAACAGCAGAAACAAACCAUUUCUCAUUGUGUUCGAUUACUAUAUUUCUACAUUGAUUUGUAGAUAGACUCUCUAGUUCAAACUAUUACUUGUGAUUAAUAACCAUGGCAUCACAACCAGCUCGUCCGUGGUUUCGACUAAGCUCCAUGGUGCGUCCAGCAGGGCCUGGGCCAACCCCAACCCCGACCCCCACUCCUGCACCAGCCCCUGCACCAACUCCUGCCCCUGCACCACUGGUUCGACCUACAUUGAGGCCACUAGCUCGUCUUCCUGCAGAUGAAGACACUCCACCACCACAAGCAGCUCGAGCUCCAACUUCGCCACCACCACCAGCCCCAACUCCAAUUCCCCCAGCACCAUCACCACCUCCUGCUGUGACUAGCACUAGUACAUCUGUCCCGUCGUCGCCAGCUCGUGGCAUUAAUUCUACUCCCUCUGCAGCAUCCCCUCCAGCUACUGCAAUUGCCGUCACAUCUUCUGCUUCAUCUUCAGUUCCACCAUCUCCUGGAAACAAGGGAGCUUUAUCCUCUACAUCAGGAGUGCCAUCUCCUAGAAACAGGAUCACUACUUCACUGCCCAACUCUCCAUCCUCCAGAGCAGCAGCACCACCACACACUUCUCCACCAAAACCCACAGCCACUGCAAAUUCAGUGCCACCACAAACCUAUUCUCCUCCUAAACCCAGAACCACAACCAUUUCACCAGCCAGUUCUGCUCGGGAACCUAGUCCUAAUUACAAUCCAUCUCCCAGAACCGUUAAGCCGGCAAAUAACACCCCACCUCAGUCACCUAACAGGCUCAAACCUACUGCCCCGCCACCCUCUCCUCUCACCUUGCCACCAUCUCAGUUAAGGUCCAGCACUGCAGAUCAAAUUGAUCAAAGGAUUCCAUUAGAGGCUGAGCAGAAGACAGUGCUGCUCCAAAAGACCAUUGAUCAAAAGCCCAAUUCCUGGUUCAGUACUGGUGGCUCAAAGCAGGAUCAUGACUCUCAAAAGCCUCACCAUCAUCCCCACCAUGCGAAACAGGAAGACAAAAUCAACCGGAAGAAGUUAUCAUCUGAUUCUGAGGAUGCUCCAGGCAUGAGGGUUAUAACUCUUGCAGGUGAAAACAAAGGGGCUUAUAUGGAACUCAUUCGAUCCCCAAAUAAACAUCCUGAGCAACAUGGGGAGUACUCACAUUUUCUUCACAAGAAAGGCAACCAUGGUAAGUCAGGGCAGACAAUUGGGACUCAUCACUCAGAUAAAAGCUCCAGCAGCAGCAGCAGUAGUGGUGAGGAAGGCAAGCCGAAAAUGAAGGACAAAAGUCACCGCAAAGGACCCAAGGGAGGGAACUCGCCACAGCUACCUCUAAGUUCAUUUACAAAUAGUAAUGUUCAAGGCAUUAACAACUCCAUUCUCUACAACAGUUCCUGCACUCACCAUGACCCUGGAGUGCACCUUGCUCUCACGAGGAAGCCCAAUGGGGAUGGAUUCGAUGUCAAGAGCCAUGUCAAUGGUCGCCAUAAUUAAGGGAGAAUCGAUCAAAGGAGAACCAUCAACAGAUUUUAAUUAAUUACUUUCAUGUUUUGGACUGAUUAGGCUACAAUAUCUAUAAUUUGUGCUAAGAAUAAAAAAUAUGAGUGAUAUAUGCAAGUGUUGGAAAAGGAUGGCAUAUAUGAUAUAUGGGUUCUGAUUCUUCAGCUUUCCACUCCUAGUUGGAUGUGACUGAAGAUUGUUGAUUGCCUUGUUUCCUAAUAAAAGGGGUCUAUGGCCUGUUGAUUAUGCAGUGCUAGAUCAAUGCCCACAAGGGAAGCUUGUAUCUUUUUCUAUCAGUUUCAUUUUUACUAAAGCUGUCUAAAUUUGAUAUAGAAACUUGUCAGACAUUUUAUACAACACCAUCUUCCUUAUCAAUCAUCAUCAUUACAAAAAUGCAAUGUUUCGGGGCAUAGUAAAUCAAAAGUCAGAAACUUGAGCAAUGAUAAACAUGGUUUCAGAAGUACUCACUUGGGCUCCUUGCUGUGGUUUUGAGCAUCAUAUUGCCGUGAUUGCUUUCUGAAGAGACAGAUAGGGGGAAGAAUCAGGGGAGGCUUCUUUGAGAAAUAAGAAGUUAGUGAGAGAAAAUGGUGUCAGAUAAAGUUGGUUUCUUGGAUUGGAUUGCACCCAGAAGAAUCUCAGAGGAGUUGCUUGUUUCUUCAGAAAACAGACG